CCUGCUGUGCGUGUACGCUUGAUUGACACUCACACCGACCAAUCACUGCGGUCCUUCGUGACGAUAUAGGCGGUGCACCAAUCCGCUCCGUCAGUCUAAGAGGGUUGGGUUUGUUGACAGGAACUGUGACUGUGCUUUUGAAAAGCUUAAAGGAAAAAAGUGAAGGGAGCUUCGUUUUGCGCUUCGAGCCGUCGAAAAUUAAACACCGUCGACGUGAAUUAUGACUCUGACGGCCGCCGUCAAGCAAAGAUGCAAUGGAGGUCAAUAGUAGUGGGUCUUCUUGUGCUACGCGUGGCCCUGAACUGCAUCCUGUGGCUCGCGUUCGGACUCGGACCCAGCUGGGGCUUUCACUUCCCGCUCCAGUUCAGCUUCAACUUGCACAAACACACAGAACCUCCGGCAGAUGCAGAGCAGAGGACCAACAGCUGGUCGCAGCGAGUGUACGAGCACAGGGAGCACCUCCCGGUCGGAACCUGCUCCAGGAUCAGGCAGAACACGCCGAAGAAGUCUUACCUGAGCUUCUUUAAGGACAGCAGGGACGAGUAUGAUAGGAAGUAUGGCUCAUUUCCCGACGCCCUCAAGAUUAAAAUGAAGGGAAUGGCCAGGGACAUGUUCUACUUCGGAUAUGACAACUAUAUGAAGUACGCGUUUCCUGAAGACGAGCUUAAUCCCAUCGCCUGCGAGGGCAGAGGACCAGACAAACUGAACCCGUCAAACAUCAACAUAAACGACGUGCUUGGCAACUACUCCCUGACACUAAUUGACACUCUUGACACUCUCUUGGUGCUUGGGAAUGUGUCCGAGUUUCAUCGGGCUGUCAAGCUGGUUAUCGACACUGUCAGCUUUGACAAGGAUUCCACAGUGCAAGUGUUUGAGGCCAACAUCAGGAUCCUGGGAAGUCUAAUCUCGGCUCACAUACUUCUGACCGAUCCCAGGCACCCUUUUGGAGACAUAGGGCUGGAAUAUUACGAUAAUGAACUGCUGCAUCUGGCCCAUGACCUAGCUGUGCGGCUGCUACCUGCCUUUGAGAACACCAGCACUGGCAUCCCCUACCCAAGGGUGAACCUGAAAAGCGGCGUGCCUCCUGACAGCAUAAACGAGACAUGCACAGCCGGGGCAGGCUCUCUCCUAGUCGAGUUUGGUAUCUUAAGCCGUCUGCUUGGUGACUCCACGUUCGAGUGGGUGGCAAGAAGGGCCGUCCGCGCUCUCUGGAACCUGAGGAGCAACCAGACAGGGCUCCUGGGGAAUGUGGUGAACAUUCAGACUGGCCAAUGGGUUGGGAAGCAAAGUGGCCUUGGCGCAGGCAUGGACUCGUUCUACGAAUACCUGCUGAAAUCUUACAUUCUCUUUGGAGAAAAAGAAGACUACAAGAUGUUCAUGGCUGCUUAUGAGAGCAUUCAGAGCCACCUAAGGAGAGGGAGAGAGGCAUGCAAUGAAGGAGAAGGUGACCCUCCUCUUUAUGUAAAUGUGAACAUGUUUAAUGGACAGAUCAUGAACACCUGGAUUGACUCUCUUCAGGCAUUUUUUCCUGGACUGCAGGUUUUAAAUGGAGACGUGGAAAACGCCAUUUGUCUCCAUGCCUUUUACUAUGCAAUCUGGAGGCGUUUCGGGGCAUUACCGGAAAGGUACAACUGGCAGCUGCAGGCUCCAGAUGUGCUCUUUUACCCUUUAAGACCUGAGCUAGUUGAGUCCACAUACCUGCUGUAUCAGGCCACCAAGAAUCCUUUCUAUUUACAUGUCGGCAUGGACAUACUUCAGAGCCUUGAAAAGAAUACCAAAGUCAAAUGUGGCUAUGCCACACUCCAUCAUGUCGUAGACAAGUCAAAGGAGGACCGCAUGGAGAGUUUUUUUCUCAGUGAGACCUGCAAAUAUCUGUACCUGCUUUUUGAUGAAGACAACCCUCUGCACAAGUUUGCGAGCAAAUACAUUUUCACAACAGAAGGUCACGUAGUGCCCAUAGAUCCCCGUUUCAGACAGAAAAGCUGGGAAGAACAUGUCCCAUGUAAGGAGUUCACCAAGGAACCUCCAGCCAACAUCAGCAAUUGCGAGCGGAUCUCUGAGGAGCGCCGCUAUGGUCUUCCCCUGAAGAGUGUGUACAUGAGACAGAUUGACCACAUGGUUGGCCUUUUGUGACCUCAUCGCCAUUCGGCUGGAGUUUAAUACACAAGCUUAACCCUCUGGAGAGGUUUAGCAGCAUGGCUGUCCAAACUGAGAAUCUUUUUUUUAUUAUUAUUGUUUGUUUGCACAAGAACCUCAACAGCUCAGUGGUCCAGCACUUUUUUCUUGUGCUGAUUAGUCUAGAAAAACCUUGAACUUGCAUUCAUUGUAAGAUUCUUUAACAAAGAUAUCAUUUGAAAAAAUAUGUCAUAAAUCAGGAUAUUUCCACAUUAUUUUUAACAUUGUUAAUUGUGAAUUGCCAUUAAGUUUGUCCAGUUGGUAUUUUACAAAUUAGCCUGCAUUCCACUCCUUAAAGUUUUCAACUUCG